AUGAGUUUGGAUGCGAUCAUCAAGAACAAAGAUCGCAAAAUCACUCUAAAGGACCAAGCCGAUGAAUUAGAAACACUUGCUCAACGGUAUGGCCUUGAAGACACGCAAAUAGCUGAGCUUCUGGAAUUUAUUUUAAAGGGAAAACUUGACGAUUCUGACGUUAGGAAACUAAUCAAACUUCUCGUACCGCGUAAAAAAGUAUCUGAAAUGUCUGCGAUAAAAAUUUUUGGGAAUCUUGGAAAUAGAAAUAUGAAAUAUAGUAUACAGGCGCUUUUGCUUCGUUGGGUUGUAUUGGUUUAUGGUUUUAUAGAGGACCAUUCAAAAAUUUAUAGGCUUUAUGGCGCCGAUUCUAUGUCAUCUCUUAUACCUCAUGACGCGGAGAGAGCACGUGAAGUCUGCUGUGAUUAUACAAUUAUUAACAGAAUUGAUUUACAGACGCGGACUGGUUAUGAACCUCAUAUACAAGGGUUAUUAAAACUUUAUAAAGACUAUUUUCCAAAUUUAGUGACAAUUGACAUUCAACCAUCAAGAAGUAUCACAUUUAAGUGCCCCGACAUAGCAUGGUAUCAGUUAAUAAAUCAAGUUCAGAGAAGAUGGAACAAUGACAAGUCCUUAUCACAUAUGCCUUUGACAAGACCAAUGAUUCCAAAAAUGGUGGAGAAACGAAGAAAAAUAGAACAUAACGAUAUACCAACCACCCGUACAUAUAAUGUCACUCAAAAAUCGAUCACUCUUAAUGAAAUAUCAGAUAUCAGGCAACUCGCAAAUAAUAUUGAUAAAGUCGAGCUACCAAAUCAAUUAGCUUCUGUUUUGGACCACCGUAUGCUUCAACAUGUCAUAGUGUCAAAUCCAGAAAGGGUUGCCAUUGCAAGGAUAAGCUAUUGGAUCGAUCAAUAUCUCAUGGAAACAGUUUAUUGGAGUGAUCAAAACGCGACUAAGAAAAUAAGAAUUGACUGCUUAUUGAAUAAAAUAGUUACCAUGACAGAGUUCAUGAAGGAGUUACUUCCCGUUAUUCAGGAGUUCUUAAUGAAAUAUAUCCAAUCUUGGGAUGGCGGAGAAUGUCAUGAACUAAUUUUCAGGCUUUUGACAUUCUUAAGACCUGGACCUUAUAACCAACUUUAUGAAAAAAUAUUGAAACCAUUGCAAUCUUUAUACAAUAAUUCAUCGGCUAGUUGGAAGUCCAAAUUGAUUCAUUGUUAUGCUGGUUUGCUAAAAUAUUGGACUUUACUUUACGAGGGGUACUAUGAAAGGAUAGAACAAGAAAAUCAUGAUAAUGAAGAUUUAGAAAAUUCAAUUGGGAACUUGUCCAUCGACAGAGAUUAUUCUCAAACCAUACGCAAUUUUAUUGAUUAUGUUGACCGAACUAUUCUUAUGCCUGAAGACGAAGACCAAGUAGAAGUACAACACGCUAUUCUAUCUUUUAUGGAAAUAUCGACGCUUCUGCAACUUAAAUAUGAAUGCCGUGGAAUUGUCUUUCCCUCGUAUAAAGAUGAAUUCGAUAAAUGUGAACGGGAGACAUCCAUUGGUGGUGCAUUGCGUUACAACAUCAACCAAAUAAAUGAUUUCAAUUCUUUUGUGGCGGAUAUAUACAAUGGGAUUUGGAAAAAUAGGCCCUUCACUAAAUUUGAUAAAGCAAAAGGUUUUCAACUGGAUGAGUAA